GUUGAACUCAGCAGAGCUGCAUGUGGAGACCGUGUAGCCAGAACAUGAUUCUGACAGCGCUCGAGAGUGUUUGUUGUGCAGUGCUACAGGAUAUGAUGGUGAAAGUACUGCUGCUCCAUCUGUGUUUCCUCUUUGCAUCAUUUCAAGGUGUGUGUCCCCAGACACUCAGAGUGAUAAAUGUCAAGGCGGGUGAGAUGGUGGCACUGUACUGCCCAUGCGGCAGAGGAACUAACAUUGGUGAUGCUGAAGUGACCUGGAGCAGUUACACCUCCCAGGAGACUCAUCUGUCCAACAUGUCAUCAGCGCAGCAGAGGCAGAUGGGCCUGCUGGUUCAUGGAAGGAGUCUUGUUGUUUUCAAUGCUUCUGUAAAACAUGAGGGGAAUUACACAUGUUCUCAUGGGAAUGCCGGUAGGUCGUCCUGGUUCAGGCUGACAGUUUACACAACACAGACAGAAGAGAGUACCCAGUACCCUCAAACAUGUUACACACAAGAGACCUGCACAUUGUAUUGCCCUGCUGUAAACAUCCCAGCUGCAAAUAUCCCGAAUAUUACCAGCAAUGGCAUUGUUUGGCACAAGGAGGGCGAGUCAUGGUCAACAGAUGGUUACCGCUCACGUGUGGAAAAGAAAGACCAGGGUGUUUACACCUGUACCAGAUCUUACCUGUAUUACGGUCAAAUAUAUAACAUGACCUUUACAGUGGAGCUUGAUGUUCAACCAAAGAAAAAAACUGAAAAACCUGGGAGCAUCACUUCACCAAAAGAGGGGGAACGAUUCCCUGUAGAUCUGGGCGCACCAAAGGUGAUAGAUUGCGAAGCCGUCAUCCACUCAGACAGUGAUGAUGUUUUCUGGCACAGUGGGGAAUCAGUUGUGGAAAGGAACAGCAGCUUUCCAGUUUACUACAAUGUCACACGAGAAGACAAUGCUGGGGAAAUAAAGAUAACAGUAUCUCUAGUCUUCAGAAACAUGUCAAAAGAUGAUCUAUCAAAAAAUUACACCUGUAAACUUCAAUCUGAUUCUGAAAUGAUCAGACCAAAGCAAGUCACCAUCACCUUGGCGCAAAAACCUCGCCAUUCUAACCUGCCACAGUUUCUUGGCUUUGCUGGUAUUUUUGUGGUGAUGGUUUUGACAGAAGUUAUCUAUGUGAGGUUCAAAAUUGACAUCACCCUGUUCCUAAGAGACACUCUUGGCUGCCAUAGCCGCACCUCAGAUGGAAAGAGCUAUGAUGCCUUUUUGAUGUAUUACAAGAGCGACACAGACGCAGGACUCAAUGCUUGUGACAGAAAAUGGCUGGAGAGUGUUUUAGAAGAAAAGUUUGGUUACAGUCUCUGUCUUUAUGAUCGUGACGUCUCACUGGGGACAGCUGUAGCAGACGCAGUGUUGGACAGCGUAGAGCAAAGUCGCACCGUGAUUUUAGUUCCCGCCUCUCCAGAUCCAGGUCCGGGGUCUGGCCUGCUGAGUGCCAUCCAUGCAGCUCUUGUGGAGCGGCAGACUCGCUUGAUUUUCAUCAAAACUGAGGGAACAGAAGUGUUACGAUCUGGUUCAUUACAAGAGGCCUUGCAGCUUCUUAGCGAGGCUGGAGACCGUGUCACUUGGAAAGGCACGAGCUUCAUGCCGCCCUCCUCCUCCUUUUGGAAGCAGCUACGUUAUUACCUACCUGCCCCGCAGCGCUCACCAAAAAUAAGCCUUUUCCCUCAGACAGUCUAGGAUGUUACUUUAUGGUGAAAAGUUUGGCUAAGUCAGAAUGAAUAGCUCAUAUGCUUAAAUAUAGAUUGUUCCACUAUUAUUUGUGCAAGGAGAUAUUUGUGUGUACAUAUUUAAAGUAUAAAACAACUUUCACAAACACAAAAGCGUUUUGUAAAAAUGUUUGCAAAACUAUUUUGCAAAUAUAAAGAUUGAAAUAUAGAGAGAAAUAAGAGAUUGCACAAUUUAAAAAAAAAAUUAAAAAGACUCAGUGUUCAGAAAAAGCAAAUCUCCGAGUGCAGAAUUGAAAUUCACCAAUAAAAAGUAGUCCUAAAUAUUAAAAAGUUGUGACUACUGGG